AUGGUGAGAUUUGCUUCAAUUCGCCUUAUUCUAGCUAUAGUUGCACAUCUAGAUUUAGAACUUUUUCAAAUGUAUGUGAAAACUGCAUUUCUCAAUGGAGAACUAAACGAGGAGAUCUAUAUGGAUCAACCUGUUGGUUUUGAGGCUGAGGGACAAGAGCGCAAAGGUGGAUACAUGAGACUGAAGGGUUACAGUGAUGCUGAUUGGGCUAGUGACAAAGAUGAGCGAAAAUCCAUGACGAGUUAUGCAUUUAUGCUUAGUGGAGGAGCUAUUUCUUGGUGUAGCAAGAAACAAUCAUGCAUUGCUUUGUCCACGAUAGAGUCAGAGUAUGUUGCUUGUUCAGCAGCUGUACAAGAAGCUGUUUGGUUGAGGAGAUUCUUCCAGCACCUAGAUGUUACAACUCUUGCAGAUGAAGCCGUUAAGAUAUACAGUGAUAGUAUGGCAGCUUUGGGUGAGAUUGUUCUAGAUUCUUCAAUUUCUAAGUUGAUCUAUUACAAGUUGUAUCCAGAGCCCCUUUCCUGCCCUGUGGAAAUGGCUGAAAAUACUCGCAUGAAAGAUUUACAAGAGGGACUCAAUGCCCAAAAGAAAGCUACGGAACGACAUAUAAAAAAUACUGAUAGCCAGUUUAAUACAAUAGGAGUGGAAAUGCUAGCUAUGCGACGCCAGAUGGAGGCAAUGCUGAAGCAGUUUUCGGGUAUGGCAGCAGACCUGCAGUGUGUGAAGACAACUUUAUCAGGUGAAUCAUCCAGAAAUCAUCAACACAAUGAAGAUCUGGAAAACAAUGAUGCAAGAAUGGUACCUCAUAAUUUUGACAUCCAGCCAAGGCCUAUUCGGUUGGAUUUUCCAGUCUUCAACGGGGAUAACCCCCAUGGAUGGUUGUUUAAGGUAAACCAUUUUUGUACUUAUCAUAGUAUCCUUCCUCAGCAUAAAAUGCGCUUAGUGUCCCUUCACAUGGAAGGGAAAGCACUGGUUUGGUUUCAAGAUUUGGAGGAGUCUGGAAGGAUAAACACUUGGGAUGCUUUUGUUAAGGCAUUAUUAAUUAGAUUUGGCCCAACCACAUAUGAUGACCCAAUGGAACAGUUGGCUAAGUUGAGCCAGAAGGGUAGUGUGGAUGAUUAUAAAUCUGAUUUUGAAGCCUUGUCUAAUAGGUUGCGUGGAGUAUCUGAGGAUUGCAAACUUAGUUGCUUUCUCAGUGGCCUUAAGGAUGAUAUAAGGGUGUCAGUUAAAAUGUUUACACCUACUGAUUUACUCACAGCUUAUGGACUUGCAAAGAUGCAGGAGGAAAAAAAUUUUUUGCAAAAAAAGAACCCAUACAAAAGCACACAAUACCAUACAGCCACACCCAAUCAUCAACAAACCUACUUCAAACCCACUCCACCAAACCCAACCAUAGAUAACAACCAAAACCAUCCAAAAGCCAUUGUUUCCGUACAGAAAGUUAGCCAAUCUGAAAUGAGAGAGCGCAGGGCUAAAGGCCUCUGUUAUUCUUGUGAUUCCAAGUGGUCACCGGGUCAUAAAUGUGUCACUCCUAAGCUGUAUUUGAUUGAAGGAAUUGAUGAAAAUUAUGAACUAGUAGAUGUUAUUCCCACCCUAGAGGAGAAUCAGAUUGCAUCCCCACAAAGCUCUGUGUCUACCGAAAACCCAGAAAUCACCUUACAUGCUAUCAUAGGGUCCUUGAACCCUAAAACUAUUCACAAUUUCCUGGACCCUUCUAUACUACCCAAGCUCUCCCUCCAAGUGUUCACGAAUGACAAGGUGAGGGUGAAAGUUGCAAAUGGCGACCAAGUGCAGAGUGAGGGCAGAAUUAAGGAUGUUCCCAUGGUUAUGCAGGACAUGAGAUUUUCGGUGGAUAUGUAUCUCCUAGUGCUGGCUGGUUGUGAUGUAGUUUUGGGUGUGCAGUGGUUGCAAGGAUUAGGGUCGGUUUUAUGGAAUUUCCAGGACCUCACCAUGCGCUUUCAUUAUCAGGGCACAGUGAUCCUUUUAAAAGGGCUGCGAGGCAACACCUUGAUGGAAGACAGGGCAUUCAAUAGAGCUACUGCUCUGGAAAAAAAAGGGGUUCUAUUACAGCUCAUUGAACAGGUUCCUCAGGCUCAAACACCUACCACAGUUCCUCAACCCAUACAACACCUCCUGGACCUAUAUCCUGACAUUUUUCACCUCCCUUCCGGCCUACCCCCAACCCGAUCUCAUGACCACAGUAUCACCUUAUUACCUGGCACUCAGCCCAUUUCCGUGAGACCCUACCGAUACCCAUAUUUUCAGAAAGAUGAAAUAGAGAAAAUCAUAAAAGAGCUGUUGGACUCGGGUGUUAUUCGACCUAGCCAAAGUCCAUAUUCAUCUCCUGUUUUAUUGGUAAGGAAGGCAGAUGGUACAUGGCGCUUAUGUGUUGACUAUCGUGCACUCAACCAUGUUACAAUCAAGGAUAAAUACCCAAUUCCGGUGGUGGAGGAACUGAUGGAUGAAUUACAUGGUGCCAAAGUGUUCUCUAAGCUCGACUUAAGGUCGGGAUAUCAUCAAAUUAGGGUGAAACCUGAAGACAUCCCUAAAACAGCAUUUCGUACCCAUGAGGGACACUAUGAAUUUCUGGUGAUGCCAUUCGGCCUCACCAAUGCUCCCUCCACUUUCCAAAGCUUGAUGAAUCAGGUUUUUAAACCUCAUUUACGGAAGUUUAUUUUGGUUUUUUUUUAUGAUAUUUUGAUUUAUAGCAGGGAUGAAGCAGCUCACCUACUACACUUACAACUCACCUUUGACAUUUUACGAGACAACCAGCUUUACGCAAAGCUGAGUAAAUGUGAGUUUGGCUGCACGGAAAUAGCCUAUUUAGGCCAUUUAAUUUCUGGCCAAGGUGUAAGGGCUGAUCCGGAGAAGAUCACAGCAAUGCUGAAUUGGCCUCCGCCUAAAUCCCUUAAAGCUUUGCGUGGUUUUCUAGGCCUUACAGGGUACUACCGGCGAUUUAUCAGAGGUUAUGGGGGUGUAGCAGCAAAGUUGACCAGUUUGCUCAAAAAAGACUGUUUCACUUGGGAUGGGGAAGCCCAGGCAGCCUUUGAUAACCUCAAAAUAGCUAUGACUGAACCUCCAGUUUUAGCCCUGCCCAACUUCCAACAAUCUUUUGUCAUUGAAUGCGAUGCUUCGGGUGAGGCCAUUGGGGCUGUCCUUAUGCAGUCAGGGAGACCCCUUGCAUUCUUUAGUCAAGCCUUAAAAGGGAGGUCUCUAAAACUCUCUACCUAUGAGAAAGAAUUUCUGGCACUAGUUUCAGCAGUUCAAAAAUGGCGUCAUUAUCUGUUAGGCCAGCCGUUUGUUAUCAAAACAGAUCAUCAGAGUUUGAAAUUCUUGCUUGACCAAAGAGUGGGUACGGUUAUGCAACAAAAAUGGAUCGCUAAACUCAUGGGCUAUGACUUUGUAGUGGAAUACAAGAAGGGCAAAGAGAAUGUGGUGGCCGAUGCACUAUCUAGACAAGGGGUAGAUACUGAGGUGACUAUAUCUCUUAUCUCUGUUCCCCAUUGGGACUGGAUGAACGAGAUCAAGGCGUUAUAUUCUAGUGAUGACAGAAUUAAGGCUCUAUGGGAGAAACACACACAGGGACAGCUACCACCCCCUUACACAGUGAAGAGCGACAUGCUGUUUUACAAAGACAGAAUUUAUAUUCCUGCCGUUGCUUCUUUUGUCCACAAACUAUUGGAUUUCUUACAUGGAAGUCCCUUAGGGGGUCACUUGGGCUUUGACAAGACCCUUUAUCGGGUUAAGAAGGAUUUUUACUGGCCUGGCCAGAAACUGGAUGUGCGCAAUUUUCUUAAGGCCUGUGACAUUUGCCAAGCUGUCAAGCUCGGGUGGUUUUAA